AUGACCUGGCAAACACUCUGUCACUUUUGGUUGCAAUAUAAAGAAUAUUAUUUGCAAGAAACUGCAUGCACCAGAUUUUCCAUCAAUCUUUCUGCCCUCAUGCUGAUGAGCCAGAAGGUCACAUCACUGGCUUUGGAUAUCCAUGAAAGGAAAGUGAGGAAGGGGCACCUCCUCCAGGCACUGCCUUUUUUAACUUACCUGCUCUCCUUUCCAACCCUCCUCGGAGGCCCCUUGUGUUCUUUCAACAGAUUUCAAACAUGGAUAAGAUGCUCCAGAGGCUCUCAGGCAGAUUUAACUAGCUGUGCUCAUUUUGGCUGUAUUUCUGUCAUGUGGACAUCCGCACUGGUCUUCAGGCUCACUUACUACUCUCACUGGAUGCUUGAUGAGUCCCUCCUCCUUGCGGCUGGCCUGGGGCUGGAACUAGGCCAGGAUCCCAAUACAGAGACUGUGGACGGACUCCUCAUAGACACAGACAUUUGGACCCUAGAAACAACCCACAUGGUUUCUGUCUUCACCCGAACAUGGAACAAGAGUACGGCUCAGUGGCCGAGAAGGCUCAUAUUCCAGCGGAACGCUUCUUGUCCUCUGCUGGCCACUUCUGCCUUCUCAGCCUGGUGGCAUGGCCUCCACCCUGACCAGGUCUUUGGGUUUCUCUGCUGGGCUGUUGUGGUGGAAGCUGAGUAUCAUUUUCAUCAUUUUUUUGGUACAUUGGUCAAAUCCCCACUUCAGAGGCGGCUCUAUCAAACCUUGACCUGGUGUUAUACGCAACUAGUUGUGGCUUAUAUUAUGAUGGCGAUCGAAAUGAGGAGCCUGCCCAUGCUCCGGUUCCUAUUGUUUUCCUACAACAGCUUCUUUCCACUGGUCUAUUUCAUUUCACUCCUAUUGUUGGCAAAGGGAAGAGGGGGCAAGCCUGCAACUCCCCACUCACAUAUUUCAUGUGCUUAG